AUGGAGUCUGAACUGACUGAACACUUUCAGCGUGAGGUUCCCUUCCUGUUCUCACCUGGAUCACCUGGUCAGCGUUACUCCUCCCCUCUUCAGCGCCAAAAGGGUGUGAAGCAUAUUAAGCCAAUAACAUCUUCCCUUGUGUUAUUCUGUGUUACGCUGUCACCUUUCAUUUGCAUUCUAUGUAACGCCCCAUCUCUCUGUCAUCCUCCCCUGCUUCUUCAUUGCCUCUCCCUUAACUCCAUUUUGCGCUUUCUUUCUCCACGUCUCUUCCUCCUUCCUGACCCCUCUCCGGCUAUAGAGCCUGCUGCUAAGGAGGCAGAGGUUGCCCGCCGCUUCUCUCUCACCUCAUCUUCCUCCUCCUCCUCCUUCGCUACGAGACGCACAAAAGGUCCCCUCUCUGCUAGCAUAAAGAGCAAGAGACACGAGAUAAAGAGUGACCCCACUCCCUUUGGUUAUGAAGAUACUUUGCGUGGUGCUAUGGCUGCAGUCGGGAAACGUCAGAGCAUGAUUAGCAGCACUGCUACUGCUGCUAGUGACACCUCAGCUUUCCCUAGAUCCACCUCCCAACCAGGCUGGGUCCAGCGGCGUCUCCCUUCUAUGGACGCAGACGACUUUGAGACGAUCCCCUCCAGUGCAGAGGAGUCCUCCAACUCUUCAGAAGAGGAAGGCAACAAUAAAAAUGGUGACAGUGGUCGUUACCGGGUGCAGCUGACCUAUGAGUCUCGUGAAGCGAGCGACCUCUCUCUGGAGAAAAGUGACCUGGUCCAGUUUCUAGAGGAAGCGGAAAACAGACACUGAUAUCUUCAGUGAUCUGCAUACAGCAGCACUCUCCAACUUGAACGAAAAUGAAGCAAGGACGUGUUUCAGGACAGCAUAUAAACAUGGCUGACUACUGACAAACAUUUUUUGUUGGAUCACAAACAUGGCUUAUAACUCAACUGUAAUUUGCUAUGAUGGGCUUUAAAUAUGAACAACUAUUCAUUUUCUACUUGUAGUUCUUAAUGUUGGACUACAAAUAUGGCCUGCUAUUGUUUUUCAACUGUAGUUUUUUCUCAUUAAAGCUUCUCAGUGAAACCUCUGUAAAAUGCUGGAACCUUUACAUGCCUGAGUGCCACAGUGGGAAAGCCAUAUAAGAAUUCUAAUUCAAGGAAGUACCAGCUGCCAACUGUGGACUGAAGACUGCAUGGAUGUGGACACUGAACUUUAUAUCAAAUUUGAAUUAAUUCAGAUUACGCACUGUAGAAUAUGCAAUUCCUGAGUGGUUGGGCUGGAUACCUGGAAACUCAAAUCCCAUUUCUGACUCGGAUAAACUCUUUCAGACCAGCCUCUGAUGAGGCGCUUCAGCAGCUUCGCCUUUUCAGGCUCAAAAUACUGACACUUUACAGUAGCUGCAGUCUCCAGAAGAACCUAGAAGUUGUUUUGCUUGCCUUUUUUUGCCCUGGUAGAGCACCCACAUAAUGGCAUUACAUAUAUGUAUUAUCUCAACUUGCUCGUUCUCCCCUUUUAGACUUGCAUCUGUAUAAAUUGCUCCAAGACGUUAAGAGAGAUCAUAUUUGACUUUAUAUCCCAGUUGUUCAUCUCUGUGAAGGUGAAAAAAUAUUUAUUUUAUAUAUGGUUUAAUCCAUCAGAGGGAAAAAACUUGUUUCAUAUCCUCACGUGUUCUACAUAUAAAGCACUUUUUUGGACAGACACCUUUUAUAUGUAUAUCAUUGUUUAGAGAUCAUCUCAUGGUUCCUUUUGGCAUAGGUAGCGCCAAGACAUCAUGCUUGGGGAGGUCAACAUUUAGUGGUCAAACAGAACAGCUUUUGGGGGGGGGGGAGUCCAAGACGUAGUUCUCGGGACUGAAUUUGUUAUUAUGUAUUAUGUUUGCUACAUCCAUUUACAUAUGAAUCUAAAGCAAACAACAAUGAUAAAGGAAUGUAACACUG